GGAGCGGGGCGGGCGGUGGUGCUGCAGCACGGGUACGGAUCCUGGAUAUGGGAUGCGACGAAGCCACGUGGGAUGCAGCAGGUGAAACUUCAGGGCCGUGCCCACGCUCAUGUCCCACCAGGAGGGUGGCAAAGGGGCUCUCCCUGGCAGCUUUGUCCUCUCUGCAGCCCUUUGCCAGCAGCGUGCAUUCGCACAGCGCCCCACACAACGCUCCUUCAUUUCAGCCCGCAUUUCUGACAGCGCUUCCCCGCUGCCAGCAAAGCCCUGGGGCAGCCGGGCCUCUGAGCCCAGCGGGGGCCGCGCUGCUGAACGGAGCGGAUUGCUUAACAACCAGCUCACGGCCCCCCUGUGACCUUGCGGGGUUAAUGGAUAAAAAGACACUUUGUGUACAGCCAGUACUGGAGCUGGGCUGCCAUGCCUGCCCUGGAGUUUGUGCACUGCUUUGUAAUGCUCAGUGCUGGGGGGCUGCUGCUGCCUUGGGUUUAGAGCAAGUUUAGGUCUAAAGCCUGAGUAAAAUGAAAUAGUACUGCUUGAUUUUAUCAUGUUUGCUUAUGGGCUCCCCACAUCCCCAAGUGCCAGGACAAGGGGGGAGUAGGGUGAAGCCACACCUUGGUUGUGCGAUAUCAAGGUGGGGGGAGAACAGGAGGGUAUUGGAAGUGCCCACAUUGCUGUAAUAAACACCUUCCCCUUGCCUUUUACAGGUGGCAUCAGAGGCAGUGGACAGAUGGCAAACGUGGCACAGGGUGCUGGGAGCCUCCCCAGCGCAGAGCUCUGGGCCUCCCACAGUAAGAUGCUGCUGGAGCCACUUGACAGCAACGACCCCGAGGUUUACAACAUCAUCAAGAAGGAGAAGCAGCGGCAGAGGCUGGGGCUGGAGCUGAUUGCAUCAGAGAACUUUGCGAGCUGCGCAGUUCUGGAGGCACUGGGAUCCUGCUUGAACAAUAAAUACUCUGAAGGCUACCCUGGACAGAGAUACUACGGUGGGACCGAGUUUGUAGAUGAGCUGGAAAGGCUGUGCCAGAGGCGAGCCCUGCAGGCAUUCCGGCUUGAUCCCCAGAAGUGGGGUGUCAAUGUCCAGCCCUACUCAGGGUCACCUGCUAACUUUGCGGUGUACACGGCCCUGGUGGAGCCCCAUGGCAGAAUCAUGGGGCUGGACCUGCCUGAUGGGGGUCAUCUAACCCAUGGGUUCAUGACAGACAAGAAGAAGAUCUCUGCCACCUCUGUCUUCUUCGAGUCCAUGCCCUACAAGGUGAAUCCCAAAACUGGUUACAUUGACUACGACCGACUUGAGGAGAAUGCCCGCCUGUUCCACCCCAAGCUGAUUAUAGCAGGUGUCAGUUGUUACUCACGCAACUUGGACUAUGCUCGCAUGCGACAGAUUGCCGAUGCCAACAGCGCCUACCUGAUGGCUGACAUGGCCCAUAUCAGCGGGCUGGUGGCUGCAGGUGUUGUGCCCUCACCAUUUGAACACUGCGACGUUGUCUCCACCACCACCCACAAGACCUUGAGGGGCUGCAGGGCCGGCAUGAUCUUCUAUCGCAAAGGCAUCCGCAGCACGGACCCCAAGACAGGAAAGGAAACACUCUACAACCUGGAGAGCCUCAUCAACCAAGCGGUCUUCCCUGGGCUGCAGGGAGGGCCACACAACCAUGCCAUUGCAGGGAUUGCUGUGGCACUGCAGCAGGCUAUGACUCCCGAGUUCAAGGCUUACCAGCAGCAGGUGGUGGCCAACUGCAAGACACUGGCAGCAGCACUGAUGGAGCUGGGCUACGACAUUGUCACAGGGGGCUCUGACAACCACCUCAUUCUCCUGGACCUGCGCAGCAGAGGUACAGACGGUGGCCGGGCUGAGCGAGUGCUGGAACUCUGCUCCAUUGCCUGCAACAAGAACACAUGCCCUGGUGAUGUCAGUGCCCUUCGUCCCAGCGGUCUGCGUUUCGGGACACCAGCUCUCACCUCCCGUGGCUUUCAGCAGGAUGAUUUCCGCGUGGUGGCUCAGUACAUCCACAGAGGCAUCGAGCUGACGCUGCGCGUGCAGAGGGACAUGAGCCCCAAGGCCACGUUGAAGGAAUUCAAGGAGAAACUGGAGGAGGAAAAAUACCAGGGAGAGCUAAAGGCACUGAAGGAAGAGGUGGAGGCAUUUGCAGCAACCUUUCCCCUCCCAGGACUGCCAGUCCUGUAAUGGGAGGCACUGUCCCCACUCUCAGAGCCAAGGAAGCAUCAGGGACUGUGGCACACUCACACCCCUGGAAAGAGCCCUGGUGCCUUCUCCCUGCACCUUCCUGCUGGCACUGGCCCCAUGCAGCAGCUCCUCAUCUGGCUCUUCCUCACCUCUCCCCUCCUGUUUCUGACACUGGAGCCCUUCUGAGCACAGACCAACCCUUCCACUGCUAGAUUUUACAAAUGGGCCUCAGAAGAAGGAAAUCCCUGACCUUGAGGCAAGGUUUGGGAUUGAUCUGCUGUAGGAGCAGUAGAUGAGAUUACAGGCCUCCUGUCUGCCUUCGUAGCCAGGAGGGACAACCAGAAACCAGCACUCAGGGUCCAAUGCCCAGGAGCUGCACAGCCUUACAAAGUCUUCCUGGCUUCAGCCUCCAAGACUCACCUUCCUACACACACACCAGCUCUCCUUUUGGGUCUCCACACAUUUUGCCAGGGCUGAGCCUCAUCCCAUACCCAGAGAACAGCCCUGCUGGGGCCACCAGUCCAGCUCCACCACAGCACGAGCCAGGACCUCCAGCGGUUUCUCAGACCUCUGAGGACAUACCUUAGAUAGAACCAUUUUUUAAUAAGCACAGUAAAAUUAAGAAUUUAACCACAAUGUAUGACAAGAAUUAUAAGCUUUAAAAAAUACAACCAAUUUUUGUAUUUCAAAAAUAUCUGAACCCAAAUAAAUAAUUUUUUUUAAAGUACAUUUUUCAGACUAGUCAUUUGGUGUUAACAUCUGUUAAAUUCUUGUGCAGUAACACAGCACGACACUGAGACAUGCUUCUUGGACUUCUCCCGUCACACUCGCUCUAACUACUGACACAAGCAUUCGGUACACACAGGCACACACACGUAACUCAACAUGCAGUAAUAGGAUACAGUGCUUUAAAAUAAGAUGAGAAUUCAUCACAGCCUCCUCGCAGCCCUCAGAGGCAGCUCCUACCCCAGCCCCAUCCCCAUCUGUGCUCGCCCUGCACCGGGGUGAGCAGCAGGGCUGGGUACCCUGUGUUUCUGCCUUUCAGUUAAAACACAUCUCAUGAGCAGUGAGCCACAGCUCUGCAACCUCCCCAGCUCUGGCAGCAAGUGCAAGGUUCCCUCAAAUAGCAGGGUACAGUCCUGCUCAGUCUAACAUUGUGCUUUUGGGGCACAGCACAGAGCUGGCACUCUCCUUCAGCCAAUACAGCUCACUGAAUUGCCCAGCACACUUACAGGUGCCUUUCCAAAGCGCUGCUAUAAGCCCCGUGUCCUGCAGUGGGUUCUGCCCAGCUCUCCAGGAUGCCAAACCAGCAGUGUGGGCAGUCACCUGCCCCAAGACUGUGGGCUCAGGGCUGCCUGCAUUCAUUCCAGUGUUGAAUGAAAACCACAGAACGAGUCUUGGGCAGGGAGACAUCAGCUCUCACUCCUCAAGUUCUUCUCCCAGCCCUUACAAAAUGGUUAAUAUUGCUAGAGUAUAGGCAGUGCUUCCCUAGUCAAGGCAAGACAGCUUUGGAGCUGCUUAGAAGUGAUUGCUACUGGAUGAAAGAAAAUCCAAGCACUAUCCUCUGAGAAAUGCAACCUGCAUAGGGUUGGUAUCGCCUACUCCUAUGGCUGACCAUCCUCGUGGUGGGAUCCCAGAGGGGCCAGCAGUGCAGCUCAGAGCACAAGUGAACAGAUGUCUCCCAAUGCAGGGAACAAGAGGAACGCAAACACUGAGCCCUGCCCUCCCAGCCAGGCAGCCACGGGAGGCUUUUCCCCUGAUGAAUUCUUCAACUGGCCUUAAAAGCCUUCAUCCCACAGCAGCCAGCAGAGAGGAUGGAGCUGCAGUCAGCAUGCAGGAGCGCAGGGCAGGAGGCAGCACUUACAGGAGCAGAUCAGGGCUGUGCACAACACUGCUGGCGUUGGUAUGGAGGGUGGAUGCAGGAAGGCUGGGCAGCAUCAUGCAGAGGCUGUGGGAAAUCAGCCCUGCUCGUGCUGGAGGACUGUGGUGUGGCACGAGCCAGCUAACACACAUGCUAGGAUUCUUCACAGGAGCUGUUAGUAAGAUCUUAACUUGUUGCAAGUCUGCCAGUAUUGGAAACUAGUGAGGUAACACAGUGAAGAUGAGGAAAACAUCUUAAAGUGCUGAUAUAGGGAUCUUUACUGUGCAGUCAGAUCAGAAAGACAGAUAAAUGACUGAGCAAAGAGGAAUUCAGCUCCUGACCCACUAGCUGCAUCUGACUGCCCUCAACUGCAACCUCAGUUAGGUACUGCCCAGAGCCUGGCACAACUCCUCACUGCCCUGUGCAGGAAGGUGAGCUCGGGGCCAUCCGGCUGUUCUGUCACAAGGCGACCUUAGGACAAAUGCUCCCAGGCAUGUUUCCACACAGCUCCCUCCCAGUGGCCCGGGUGCAGAUAACACAGGUGACAGCCCCAACGAAGCCCCCAGGGCAUCCUCCAAAAUUCAGAAGUGCUUUGUGGUGGAGCGAUAAAGCAGGUCAGACAGGUGGAAGUGCAAGUAUUGCUCAACACAGCCUUGAAUAUCAGUACUUUAGGUUUGGUAGAGGAGAAGUGACUUAUCUGACAGUUUAUGAGGGCAGCUGAACAUUCCAGAUAAAGACCACUAUGACUAUUAAAUGAGCCAGCGCAGAUCAUCGAACCUGCUCUGCUGCUCUGAGCUGUCAGCCUGCAGGAAGAGACACGUGAGUCAGGAGGCAAUGAGUUCCUGUCCCUCCUCAGACCCAAACACUGCAGGUAGUUUCCCAGCACAAAACAUGAGCUGCUGUGACGAAAGCUUUUCCAGAGCUGUGAGUCAGGCAGGGUGCAGGGAGCUUGAGACUGCCUGGUGCCUUCCUCAUCCCAGGGAAUCCCACUGGAAGUCGUCCAGGUGCACAUAGAUGAAGGAGACACCUCGAGCCACUUCAGAAAGUACGUUUUCUAUGGACAUGAAAGUCCUUCACCAGCAGACCCAGUUACAUGCGACAACAGUGUACAGGAGGACACAGAUAGCAUCUGAGAAGGAAAAGGUCUUUGAACAUGCUAUGAGGGUGUGCAGCCCCAUGCACAGGCACACUGCUUCCCUUCAGCAAACGUGAAGCCAUACCGCUUCCCCACUGCAUGCCGAAGAGACCAGCACAAGCAAUCCCUGGCCUUGAAACCCCUCAGGAGAGUGGCAUGAGCUCAAGCAUCCCAGCUGCCUCACUGUAAGCCACUACAAGUGAUGCACCUACUUGAAACAGACUCUUUGCCUUGUUGGUUAGUACCUCUUGGACUGCUCCAAGGGCCCUCUGCAGGCAGGGCAGCAGGAGGUUGGUACUGAAGUGGUGAUGCUGGUGGCUGGAUGACAGCCUCCCCACAGAGGUUCCCUGUCUUUGGGGCACAGGAUUCCGAGCAGCACAGUUAUCACAGCAUGUUUCAAGAGGGUCUAGGCUCAUGCUGACAAACCACACCCUCCAUCCACACAGAAACUUCCCCAGGCAUGGAAGGAUCACAUUCCAUUCCAGCAUGAUCAUGGUAAACAUAGGUUUUAAAAAACAAAUAAAAAUUAA